AUGUACACAUCAUUACCUGGAAGCAGGAAUUCCGAGACCCAUCUGCCCCCUGAUAUUUCGGCUCCAGAAGAAUAUACGUCACAGUAUGGCCGAACAUCCUCAUCAGAACGAUCACUUAUUGAGAAUGAAGAAUCAACAAGUACUUUAAGUCCCUCGCCAGGAGUUUCGUCUCCAGACUCAGAAAGUGUUGACUUGGAAAAAUCCGAUAUGCAAACUGAGCCCGACUCGAAGAGAAGAGGAUGGAGAUUCUAUGGAAGUUUUGCUUGUUUGGCAAUUCUCAACCUUGUUUGUGCUAUUGAUGCCACAAUUCUUUCCGUGGCUUUACCUACCAUUGCAACAAGCUUACAUGCCACUGCGAUGCAAGCUUUCUGGUGUGGUACAUCAUUUCUUCUAUGCUCUACAGUCUUUCAGCCUACAUGGGCAGCUUUCUCUCACAUCAUCGGUCGAAAAUCAGUACUCCUGACCGCUCUAUUCCUCUUUUCGGUUGGCACAAUCCUUUGCUCCGUCGCCAAGAACAUUGAGCUUCUCUUGGUAGGAAGAUGUAUUCAAGGUAUUGGAGGAGGCGGUCUUGUAAGUUUGACUUAUGUCCUUCUUGCUGAUAUGGUCACCCUCCGUGAGCGCGGUAAAUGGAUGUCGAUAACAUCUCUUCAAUGGGCCAUUGGUUCCGUUAUCGCCCCAGUCAUCGGUGGUGCUUUUGCAGAAAAGGUUACAUGGAGAUGGAUUUUUUGGCUGAACAUUCCAUUUUGUGUUGUCAGUGCUAUUGGUAUUCCGAUUUGUUUGAAGUUGAAUAUUAAGCAAGGUUCUAUGUGGACUAAGCUUAAGGCUUUUGAUUGGUUUGGAUCAUUCUUGUUUGUGGCUUCUGUCACUAGUCUCUUGAUUCCUCUUACUUGGGGAGGUGUCAUGUACGCGUGGAGCUCUGUCCGCACACUCGUACCACUACUAGUCGGUGUUGGUGGCCUUAUCGCAUUUCUCAUCUACUCCAUCUUCCAAAAAGGUGACCCGUUGAUCCGACGCUCAUUGUUCAACUCCCCCACAGCAAUAGUCGCUUACUUCGGCACAUUCGUUCAUGGAAUCUGCGUAUGGUCCAUUCUAUUUUACAUGCCUUUAUACUUUGAAGUCGCCAAAAAUUAUACUCCCAUCCAAUCUGGCAUCGGUCUCUUCCCAAUGACCUUCACUACCGCUCCAGCUGCUGUAAUGGUCGGUCUCAUUAUUGCCAAAACCGGUCGCUACCGCCCUUCAAUCUGGGUAGGAUGGGCUAUCUCUACUUUAGGACUCGGUCUACUCAUCCUUCUCAAAGAAUCUACUUCGACAGUAUCCUGGAUCUUCUUCAACCUCGUUCCGGGUAUUGGAUUAGGCACUCUGUUUUCCGCUCAAGGCUUCGCAGCCCAAGCCUCAGUCACCAACGCCGAUCUUCCCUUUGCCGGAGCUAUGUACUCUUUCUUUCGAGCUUUUGGCCAAACAAUCGGCGUCGCAAUCUCUGGUGUCAUCUUUCAAAACACAUUCCAGAACAAAAUUCUCAAAACGUCCUAUGCCGUCUACGCAAACGAAUGGUCCAAAGAUGCAUCCGCAUUUGUACAAAUUGUAAAAGCAUGGUCAAACACCGGCGCAGAGGGAGAAACGAAGCAAGUAGUCAUUGGAGCUUAUGUUGAAAGUUUGAGAAUGGUAUGGAUUGUUAUGUGUGCAUUAGCUGGACUGGCUUUUGUUACUAGCUUAAUCUUCACCAAGGAAAUUGCUAUGAGCAAGGAAUUGGAAACGGAUCAGGGGUUCGAUUAUGGGUACGGGGAUAGAAAGGGGAGGGAAAGUGGUAAAACUAUUCUUCCUAUUACACCGCAGCAUAAUGGGGAUAUGGGAGCUUAA